AUGCAAAUGAAUAUUCUAUUCUGCCUCUUGUGGGUUUUCACCUUGGUUCUGAGUCGUCUUGUGAUACCUCAGCUUCCUGAAAAUGAUGACUUUUAUAAGGCCCCUGAUAAUCUUCAAGAUUAUAAAGAAGGUGACAUUAUAAACUGGAGAAAAACACCUUCUCUGAUUAGGUCGGUCUAUUACCCGAUUCAUGUGAAGAAUUCGUGGCAAUUCUUGAUCAGGUCGAAAAAUUCCGUUGGUAAUGCUACUGCAGUGGUCACUACGGUUCUUGAACCAUAUAAUGCUGACCCAUCCAAGCUUUUGUCCUACCAGUACAUGGAAGAUUCCCCUUCGAUCAAUUGCUUCCCCCUCAUACUUCUAUGCUCUUCAAUGCAGAUAAAC